AUGGCCUCGUCCCUCACCGCGGACGGGCGCCCAAGCCUCCCCGCUCCUGGGGAUGCCGCAAACGACCCCUUCGUCGCCGCCGCCGCACCCAAGACGCACCAUCGCUUCUCCGACUUUGACCAGGACCUCUUCGCCGCUGGGCCUGGCUCGUCCCCUACGCAGGCCAAGCUCGCCCUCGAGGCCCAUCUCGCAGAGACGGACCGCCGCCUCGAUGAAGCUGGGAAACUCGGCACCGCCCUCGUCUCCCAGCGCAAGGCGCUGACCGAGCAGCUGCACGAGGUGGAGCAGCUGCAGGCCGAGGGCCAGAUAGGUCCAGAUCUGCGCAAGAAGCUCGUCGAGAUCGAGAGGGAGUACAAUGACGUGGCCCGCGAGUCGGCCCGCGUAUUCCUGCCCAAGCAGCGCGUGCCCAGCAAUGAGGUCAAUCCGGGCUCCCCCUACGUGCCAGAGGCUCGCAGUGGCAGGCGAUCCGUCAGCCCCUCCAAGUUUGAAAGCCAGGCCACCGGCUCUCCGACCAAGCUUAACGUGCCGAAUCGCAGAAGCCGCAACCAGCCGACCAACCGCGUCCAUGACAUUGAGUUUGCCGCCGAAAUCAGCACCUCGCUCAUCGCUCAAGUUCGGAAUCUGCAGUCUCUCCUCUCUGAGCGGGAUGAGGAAAACAAGACUCUCCACUCGGAGAGGACCAAGCUCGAGAUCGAGGCCGAGAACCUGCAGCAGCGCCUCAGGACGCUCGACGAGAGCGAGCACCGCUACAAGGAAGAGAAUUGGAACCUCGAAACUCGUCUGCAGGAGCUCUCGUCGCAGCAAAGAGAGGCCGCUGAUCGUGAAAAGCGGCUUACCCAGGCGCUCGGCAUCACCAACGCUGACAAAACUGCCGCUCAGAAGGACCUAGACGAGGUCAAGCUCUCACUCUCAAAACUCGCCGAGGAGCACGCCGCCGUCAUCAAGCAUCAUGAUAUCGAGCUGGGCACGGCCAAGCGUACCAUGGUCAUGGCCGAGGGCGAACGGACGGCCCUGCAGCGCAAGAUUGACGACUUGACCAGCCAAAACCAGGAGCUUGCCAAGGCCUUCUCCCAGCAGCGCGGGAGGGCAACCGACCGGGAGCCGGGCGCGGAGCACUCUCCGCCACCAUCCCCCAUCAAGGGCACGCCCAGGCACUCCAUGCUGGAAACGGAGACGGUCAAGACCUCGCUGCAGCAUGCUCAGAGGACCAUCCAGAGCCAACGCAACCAGCUGCACCGCGAGAAGACGGAGAAGCUUGAGCUGCGGCGCCUCAUCCAGGACCUCCGCGACGAUCUCGAAAAGGCUAAAAACGACGCGACAGGCGCUGCAUCCAACCGGCGAAGCCGCAAAGUAGAAUCCAAGGACUUGAAGAAGUCGCAGCGCUUGCUCGGCAACUUCCGUUCUAGCCGGCAUGAGAUAUUGGUGGAUGAUCCUGAAUGGGAGGACAACCCAGAUGUGUCUCCAGGAGGAGCAUCCGCAAGCACCGGUCCCGCUCGGGGCCCGGGUGCCACGAGCCGAGGAGACGCCAGCGAUCAGUUCGAGACGGCGAAUGAAGCUAGCGAGUCUGCUUUCGAGACGGCCAACGAGCGGGCCACGGAGACGGAGGACUUCCAGACCGGCAACGAGGAGCUUUCGGGUAGCGACGAUACCGAGACCGAGACCGGGAGCCCAUCCCGAGGCUUUGGUCGGAUGAGGCGUCCCCCGAGUCUGCCCGCUGGCCUCGCCCGACAAAGGAGCCGGGGAUCCUUCGACAGCACCGCAUCCACCUCGGCCGACGAAGAAGACUCUGCGCUCAUGAGAACACCCACGGCGUCUUUGUCCUCUCAGAGAAGCCGCCUCCGCCUCGGCCGCGGCGGCUCCAUGUCUCGGACUUCCAGACAAACCAGUGAAGAGCCCAGUUUCCGAAGCAGCCCGGCGAGCUUCGCCAGCGGAGGGACUCCUCAAGCUGGCCAAAGUCUGUUCGCCGAGCUGCAGGAUCUUGGCGGAAGCGACGAAGAGUCUGGCGCCGGCACGCCCAGCCGUCGGAGCACACGAUCUUUCACCCCCGGCUCGAUGCGUCGAAACGUGUCGCCCCCGCCCGCUGUCCCACAGUUGCCCAACGUCAUCAUGGUUGACAGCGGCGUCAUGACCGAGCCCGUUAAGAUUACGACGGAUACCUUCCAAGAAUUGCCUCCUCGACCCAUCUCGAUGGAAUCCAUCGUUAACACACCCGUCAUGCGUCCCUCGACCGUAUGGAGGGACAGUCACGAUGCCGACGCGACCGCCUCGCGACCAUUGUCCACCGUCUCUCACGGCGAGACGGAAGUCCAGACACCGCCGACUCCUCCCACACUUCGCCUCACGCCCCUCUCCGUGCAGCACGUCGAGCCGCUUCCCGAGCCGGAGAUCCCUCUGCCCGGACUCUCUCUGUCGACAAUUAUGGCUGAAUGGUUGGAGCCUGUGGCGGAACCAGAGGUUCCUCGCCCAGAGUUGACCCUGGCACCUGUUCUUGCACAAACAGUGGCGCCGAUCGCAGAGCCAGAUGUGCCCAAGCAGAUGCCCGCCGCGAUCACCCCGGCCUUGCCAGAGCUCAUCAUGUCGAUCAUAAGGUCCGAGCAUGUGGAGCCCGUCAGCGAGCCCAAUAUCCUGGUCACUUCGCCGUCCCUCACGUUGUCGACCAUUCGAGCCGAGCAACUGGAGCCAAAAGAAGAACGAGAGUCAGUCUGGCCACAGCCGCCCCUGGCCUUCUCAGACAUCUUGGCAGAGCACGUCCAGCCUGUGUCUGAGCCACCGCCUGUCGGUCCUACGCUGGCUUUGUCCCCAAUUGCGACCGAACACACACAUCCGAUUACGGAGCCACCUCCCUCUCCACCGGCCCUGGCCAUGUCCUCGAUUUCGUCCGAGCACGUGGAACCCGUAGCUACUUCUCUAUUGGGAACACCUACGCCACCCAAUUUUGGCUUUACUAACAUUGAGUCGAUCGAAACGCGGCCGCUCUCGCCGCGCAGUCUGAGAAGAGACGGCUUCAUUCUCCCCCGAGACGAUGACUUCCACAGCCGUGAGCCUGGGCAGCCUGAGCCACCGUUCAACAACAAAGCGCUUGGCUUGGCUUUGGGUCGCGGCAAGAAGGGCGACUUUGUUCCUAUCAUUGCCGAGGAUGAGACAAGCCAAACCCCUCGAGACGCCCCUGACGUCGAGACGCCCGAAUCGCAGCGCCCGUUCAAGGAAAUUUCGAGCAACUCCAACGGCCGUUUACCACGAAAGCAGCGCGAGCCGACGAGCGACCAAGGUGCUCAGACUUCUUUGACUUCAAGCGCCAUCGACAAGCUCCUCAACAGCGAGCCGCAGCAAGAGGACGGUCAAGGUCCACCGCUGGCAGGAGACCCUGGACAGCCCAGUUCGCGACCCGGAAGCGCCACCAGCGGCAAGGGCUCUACCCACGACGUGCCGCCGCUUCCUUCCAACCACCGGCAGCUCAUCGACGCGGCGCGAUCCAACUCCGUUCGUAGCACCCUGGGCACCAUGGGGCCUCCGCUGUGGCCCGCUUCGGCAAUGAAGCAGCAGCGGCCUCGUACCCCCCUCGAGCAACGGCCAACGUCGGCUGCGUCGGCCCGUGCAACUGCUACACCACGAUUCAAUGGCGGCGGCUCGGCCCACGGGACUGCGGAGAUUUACUCGCCGUCGAAGCUGACGGCACGAUCUAGGAAGUCGUCGGUAUCGUCCUUUGCCUCGGAACUUGACACUCGUUUCAACAUCCGACCCGGCGAGAUGGGCAUGGGUCCCGCGGGCUUCAGUCCCGACACAGAUCCUCGCAUGAUCCAAGCCAUUACGCAGACCAUGAUCGGGGAGUUCCUCUGGAAGUACACGAGAAAGCCGGGGCGCGGCGAGAUUUCGGAGAAUCGACACAGGCGCUACUUCUGGGUCCAUCCCUACACUCGAACGCUGUACUGGAGCGAUCGAGAUCCCUCGACUGCUGGUCGCACCGAGCUCAAGGCCAAGAGCGUUCCGAUCGAGGCCGUGCGUGUCGUGAGCGACGACAACCCCAUGCCCCCAGGCCUGCACCGCAAGAGCUUGAUCAUCAUCUCUCCCGGGCGCACCAUCAAGUUCACCUGCACGACGGGCCAACGACACGAGACGUGGUUCAAUGCGCUCUCGUACCUUUUGCUCAGGACAGACCGGGACGGCCAGUCGGACGCGGAAGAAAUGGCGGAGACCAUGACGCGCGAAGAUGUGGAAGAGUUUAACCCCCAGUUCGGCCGCCGACCCGCCAACGGUAACCAGCCCGAGCGCGCGCCGCCAUCGCUAUCCUCGUACCACUCGCGGACGACGCGAAAUGAGACUUUGGCGGACGGGGCAUCGAUGGAGAUUCCGACCUUGACGCCGGCCAACUACAACAGGCAGUCGGCAGCCACCAGGACAUCGGCGGGCACGCUGAGCAAGCUGAGUGGAUACUGGAAGGCCGGCGCCCCUAAGCUGUCUGGGACCUUUUCGAGCCUGCGCGGCCGGGGCUCGGGGGGUCAACCUGCGGAAGUGUACGAGGCGAGCGCGGUUCACGACAGCGCCGAGGACCUCCGGGAGAUGAUUGAGCGGCAGGAUAGGGACUCGGACCGGCUUGAGAAUGUGAGAGCAUGCUGCGACGGCAAACAUGACGUCGGAACCUUGACGCACUCUUCGAGAGCAGGCCGUGGUCCGCACACGCACUCACAUGCUUCGCUGAACAUGCCCAUGGCGUCGACGCGUUCCCGCGCCUGA